AUGGCACCAGGGACUGAGGCCGUCAGCGCGUCUGACGGGGACACAUUGGCACAAAAGAACGCCAAACAUUUCGACAAUAUUGCGCCCGGCCCAUGGCCGCAAUGGGUGCUGGAUCUGCACAAACAAAUCACGGAUUUUCUAGUAUCUCCCGAUUUCUCGACCUGGGCAGGCCUGCCACCCUCGGAUAUCGAACGACGCAUGCUCGACUACGCCUGCGGGGACGGGCUCAUAUCCAAGGCACUAAAGCCGCUGUUCUCUUCCGCCAUCGGUGUCGAUGUCUCGUCCAGUAUGCUUGAGAAGUAUCGAUCCACAGCAUCCAGUCUUGGGCUGAAACUACAUGAAAUGAUGUGUGUGCGUGGUGAUUUGAUCACUGACGAUGCCGGUCCGACGGAACCUCCACUGAAUGAGGAGGAACUGCAUAACUUUGAUCUGGUCGCCAUCAGCAUGGCGCUACACCAUGUCCAGGACCCGACGUCUGCGAUGCAAAAGCUUGCUUGCCGUCUCAAGUCGGGUGGUAAGCUAUUGGUGAUUGACUGGGCCCCUGUCGAUGGUAGCACAGCGGCGCAAAGGGAAUACCAGGCCGAAGUGAAGCGGAGUGGUGACAAGGAGCGGAUCGAAGAAGCUUUGAGGACACACGCCGCUCGUCACACCGUGGGCAAGCCAGAAGGUUUCACACGGCAAGAGAUGGAAGAGUUGUUUCGAUCCGCUGGCUGUUGCGACGUCAAGUGGGUGCUGGCGGACAGAUUGAGUCCCGUGCCAGUGGUACAGAAGGCCAAGGGGCAGUUAUACUGGGCUAUCGCGACAAAAUCUUGA